AUGGCUUCUUACAACAACAACAUUGAAGGAAACAAAGCUCAAUUAGGUGGUUUUGUUCCACAACUGUUUAUGACACCAAACCUACACCUUCAAACCCCUAACGCUCAGCACUCCGAUGACGACGCAGGUGGACCCUCCUCCACGCGCCGCCCUCGUGGCCGUCCUCCGGGAUCCAAGAACAAGCCCAAGCCACCCAUCAUCGUAACGCGUGACAGCCCCAACACGCUCCGCACACACGUGUUGGAGGUCUCGGCCGGAGCUGACGUGGCGGAGAGUCUGUCAACUUACGCGCGGCGCCGAGGGAGGGGCGUGUGCGUGCUCAGCGGCACCGGCACGGUGACCAACGUCGGGCUCCGUCAACCGGGAGGGUGCGUCGUGACGCUUCAGGGAAGAUUCGAGAUUAUUUCCAUAACGGGGACGGUGCUUCCGCCGCCGGCGCCUCCAGGCUCCGACGGGUUGUCGAUUUAUUUGUCGGGGGCGCAGGGACAGGUGGUCGGCGGCGGCGUGGUGGCCCCUUUGGUGGCUUCGGGUCCCGUGGUUUUAAUAGCUGCUUCAUUUGCCAACGCCAUGUUUGAAAGGUUACCCUUGCCCUUCCAUGAUGAUGAUCAUGAGCAUGAUAAUGAUCAUGAUGAUGAUCAACUCCAUCAUCAUGCGGCAACAUCGCAGUCUUCUGGCGUCACGGGAACUGGACAGGUGGCAGAAGGAAGGAACUACCCUUUCUCAUCUUCGGUUCAGGGUGACCUAUUUGGAUGGGGUAGAACUGCAUCUGCAACUGCCCAACCCAAACCUCAUCCUUUUUAA